AUGACAGGGUGCAACUCACUAUCGUUUUUCAGGUCAGCUUUGGCUCCUGCCAUAUUAGCUACUACACUGGCUGGUCGCACAGUGGCUAUACCACCAGUCCGCUGCAGAUCAUAUUCUGAUAGUGAUGCUUUGCCUUCUGAAACGCCAAGCCUUGUUCAGCCAUAUGCCAGCAUCUCAGAGUUCCAAAGGGAGAGAAAUAGUCCGUCUGCAAUUAAAAGACCUCGAAUGCCUUCUCCAAAAUUUGAUGAACAUUUCAACUUUGCUUUGGAAGGCACAGAAGAGAGUUCCAUGGAAGAAAAAGUAUACUCCAUGGUAAACAGAAAGGCAAUAUCUCCAGCAUCAGACAACAAUGAAAUCAUUGAUGGUUCUAUCCAUGUUCCAGUCUCUUCUGAAGUGCAAAGUGAGAACUUAGAAAUAUUUGAAGACCGAGAUUCAUCUCAAAGGUGUACCACAAAUAAUGAAGAUAGAAGACAAACAAGUCCGAAUCAUUCCCAAGAUAUGACAGACAGCAAACGCAAACAUCUUCAAGAUUCAUGUCAGACAAAAUAUUCAAACAGAAAACAACGGUUGACUUCUGAAAAUCAAGAAUUAACUCAUCAGCUCACUCAACAGACUGUGCAACUACAGAAACUUCAGCUCAAGCAAGAACUAUUAGAGCAUGUCAGAAAUACUCUUCAAGAAUAUGAGAAUGAACCUGGCAAAAGCCCACAACUCCACUCCAUAAGAGAACACAUCCAGGAGCUUGUUGAUGAAAACAAUGACUUGAAAAUAAUAGUUCAUAAUCUGAAUUUGGAACUAGGUCGAUACCAGACUAAGUACAGACCAUUGUUAAAGACAGAGUUGGAUGUGAAAUGCAUAUCUCCUUUGAUUUUGGCAUAUGAAGACAGACUUAAAGAAAAGCAUUCACAACUUCAAGACUAUGAAGAGGAGAUGAAGAUUUUUAGGGCUCAUGUAGAGGAACUUGUGAGAGAGAAUGAACUACUACACCAUCAAAUGGAAAGAAGUAACACUUUUGUCAGCAAGGAAAAAUGGGAGCAGUUUCAGGAACAGGCUAAACUUGUUUUAGAAGAAAACCAGCUGUUAAUGGAGCAGCUUGAACUUCAACAAACAAAAACAAAAGAGGUUAACAGCAAACAUGUGUGGGAAGUGUCUAAACUAAGUAAACAGUUGAUGAUUCUGGAAGCAGAGAAGCAACAUCUGCAAGAGGAAUUGGUCGAAUCCCAGAAGCAAUUAGAAUCAUUUAAAUAUAAGUAUAAGAAUGUGAAAUCUGCCCUUCAGAACAUGGUUAGAAUGGAAGAUCACAUUUCUGUAGUAAAUGAACACAGAAGACACAGGCAAGAUGAAGUAACAAGAAAACAGGCUGAAUUUGAAAAUUCUCUGGACAGAAUUGCUGCACUACAAGUGGACAAGCAGACCUUGCUUUUAGAGAAUACAACGCUCACUGCAGAUAAUAAGAGUCUUGAAGCUGAGCUGGAAAUAUCGCAGAAAAAAUACAGAAAGCACAAGAGGAAGGCCAACAUUUUAAAACAGCAACUCGAUGAAGCAAUGGGUAAAGAAAUUGCAUCUCAUCAGUACCUUGCAAACAUGAUCCGCCUGGCUGAGAAGACAUCACAGGAACGUGAUCAGUUUAUGCACAUGGCCCUAGCCAUGGAAAAUGACAAACAUGGAACAUUAAAUAAAAUUAUUGAAGAUACUAUCCGUCUCAGCAAACUGGAAGAGAGAGUCAAGGUAUACAAAAAUAAAGCGUCAGCCAAGCUGAAAAACAUAGGGGAUCAUCUGUUGAAGAAAGAUGAAGAAUUUGCUGACAUGGCUGAUACACUUAAGAAGGAAAUUAAACACCUCACAACGCUUCUGCAAGACAAGCAGAACAUUCUAGAUGAUGUAAUGCAGCAGAAAAGGGAAAUUGAAAAUGAAGUGGAGAUUGUUUGGGAAUCAGCUGCUAAAGAAAGUAGAAGAUUGAAAAACAACUUAGUUGAAUGCCUGCACAACAGGAGCAUAACCAGAUUUGCAGAUAUGACUUUUCUUGAAGAACAUUUUUCAAGUGUACCCACACAUCCUUCAACCUUUCAUGUUCUCAACUACCAGGAAUUAGCAAGCCCAGCAACUGAUAAGAUCCAACAUUUUACAGGUCAGAAUCAGAACAUUGACUCUGUAUUUUCUAUGGAAACACCUGCUAACAGAAACACUGUUUCUGCUUCUAUGAUUUCAAAAAUGAAAAAGAUGGAGAACAGUAUCAUGCUUGAUCCUAAUUCAGACCAAUGUCAUAGUGCUUCUCUGGAUAAGAGUGAAACAAAUGCUCUUGAUUUUUAUUCAUGACAAAUAGAUUGCAUGCAAAAUCACAACUUUAACUUACUUUACAGUUAUGAUAAACAAAAUGUGGUUUCACAUUCCAUCAACACCAAACACUAGUCCAGAGGAAAUUCCUGCUUGUAAAAUAAGGUAUACUUGUCUGUAGAACUCUUUUUCACUCUUAUUUUGUUUUUCAUACAAACUGCUCACUGUAGGGUUUUUAUAACAAUAUGGUAGACAUUAGAAUACUGAACUACAUGUACACUCAUACUUAUAUUGGAUUUUUCAGUUGCAAUAUAUAUAUAUUACGCUUCACUCGCCAACUCCUCAGGUCUGUGCUACGCGGCAGCCUUUUUGCGUCUCUGCACUCGUGUUGAGAAGAGGGGAGCUGAACGCACCCUAAGGAGAUACAGUCACUCCUCCGAAACCCCCUCUUAAAUGGUGA